AUGUCUCGGUCUUGGCAAAUCCAACGAGAUUCUUUCGGAUACGCUGACGGGUACAUCUGUCUGGCAUACCUUGGAAGGUCGGCAUUGGGCUUUGCUGCACGGGGUUUGGUAGCAACCUGCAUCGUUCCGCCAGGUACUACCACCCGCGCCGCCCCUCCAGGACCCCCCCCGUCCCUCGACAACGACGCCGGUGAUGUUACCAAUUAUUUUGAGGUGGGUAGCGGUGCUGGUGGCCUGUUCAUCACUGGUGAGGGCCACCGCGGCUGGUCAUUUUGA